AUGGGCAGCAGAGGAGCUCAAUCAUCCCCGCCUCCACAGGGCAUCUACGUCCCCGUGCCGACCUUCUUCGCCAAAGAAGGCAGCGCCAACUACGACCCCAUCUCCCCACCGCUCGACCUCGACGCCCAAACCGAGCACUCCCUCUUCCUCGUGCGCGGCGGCAUCAAGGGCCUUGUCAUCCUGGGCAGCACGGGCGAAGCCAUCUUCGUGCGGAAUCAAGAACGACACGAGUUGAUCAAGAGCCAGAGGAAAGCACUCGAUGAUGCGGGCUACAAGGACCGGCCGAUUAUUGCCGGCACUGCGUCGCAAAAUAUCGAGGAUACCGUCGAGUUGAUCAAGGAUAGUCAGGCGGCGGGGGCGGAGUAUGCGAUGGUGCUUGGGCCGGGAUACUUUGCUCCUGCUACGAGCCAAGUAGGUCUGCAGAAGUGGUUUGAGGCUGUGGCGGAUAGGUCGCCGAUUCCAGUCCUCAUCUACCACUACCCCGGCGUAACCAACAACCUCUACAUCGCGCCCUCGACCUUCGAGAAACUGGCCCAACACCCCAACAUCGUCGGCACUAAACUCUCCCAUGGCAUCAUCGACGACCAAACCCUCAUCGCCGCCUCCCCCCGCAUCGACCACGACCACUUCUACGUCUUCACCGGCCUAGGCCAAAACCUCCUCCCCGUCCUCACCAUCGGCGGCGUCGCCGCCAUUGACGGCCUCGCAGGCUGCUUCCCGCGCUUGGUGGUGCGGCUCUUCCGGACGUACAUGGACAGUUCGGCCAAGGGGACGAGUAAGAAGGACAUUGACGAGAUGCGGGAUCUGCAGUUCCGGAUCUGCGAGGGGGAGAAGCUGGUCGCGGCGUGGGGCGUGGUGGGGAUGAAGGAGGCGAUUGCGAGGGUUUGGGGGAUUGGGAGUCGGACUGGGGGGAGGUUGCCUCUUGCUGGGGGGUUCCAGGAUGGGGAGAAGGAGUGGGCGAAGUGGGAGACGGUGUUUGCUGGGUUGAAGGAGUUGGAGGAGAAGUUUAAGGCGGAGGGGAAGGAGGGUUAG